UUUGUUUUAUCUCUUUGCGAAGAAAAAUUGUUUGAAUUAGUGUUUAUAUUGUAGAACUGUAAACACAAACGAUAUGCAAUAUCGUUAUUUUUGUAGAAUAUUUGACCUCUCGAGUUCAGUUGAAGAUCUAUACUUGGCCGGUGAACAAGAAAAAUGGUGUUCAAAUUAUUAAUAUCACUGCUUGCUCUGCUGUUACUUAUUCCUGCAUCUUUGGGAGAAAGUAGUGAAGAAACAAUUCAGUGCCAGGAUCAUGUCAACUGCUCUCAUCCUAGAAGACAACUGAUUUGCAACGACAUAAAUGACAUCGAGGAUAACUACGUAGUUGAAAGAACUAAUUGGAAGAAGAGUCAUAGUCCCGAAUUAAUCCAGUUUGUUUCAGUUACCGGCUCAUUACAUAAGAAGCUUACAAAAUAUUACCCUUCUUUGAAAACUAUACUUGUUUAUAAGAGUGAUAUCUCUGAUUUCUCUCUGCGAUUUAUGAAUAAGGGCCAGCUUCUUAUAGCUGAAUCAAUUUUUCCAUUAGUAACCACCAGUACCUUCAAAGAAGCUUCAGAUCUUCGUCAUCUUGGAUUCUAUUCAAAUCCAGGAUUGGAGUUUCAAGACAAAUGUUUCUCAGAGCUAAAACAUUUGAGAAACUUAACAAUAUACAACCAAACCAUGCCUACUCUCAAAUAUACUACUCUUUAUGGACUUACUAAGUUAAAAACCUUGGUUGUAAUGGGGUCAGAUGUUGUCCAAAUCGAGGAACAUGCUUUCAAAAGAAAUACUCAUUUGAAGGAGCUAACUCUCGAUUAUAAUCCUCUAGAUCACUUUCACGUCAAUAUCACUUUCUUAAAACACCUGCGCAAACUUUCUUUGAUGAAUACCAAUUUGAAGAAACUUGACCUUCCACUUUUCUUCCCAAUGAAGCGUUUAGCAAUCUUAGGCUUACCUAAUGAAGCUUGGUCGAAGGUUACAGUCGUGAAGUUAGCUGAAGCCUUUCCUCGUUUGCGAUCAGCGAUUUUCGAUGGAUCUGCAGAGACACACAAAAGUUUAGGACUGUUAGCAGAAGAAAUGAAGUCGGCUGGACUUAUUGUUGAAACUUUGAGUAGAAACAAAACUAUCGAUACUCCGUUGUAUGGAGAGGAUAUGAAGAUAAUAUCUUGGGAUUGAAGAUUUUGUGAUUUUAGUUUUCUAUAUUUGUAUUUGUAUUAUUAAUUUCUAAUAAAAUAUUGUUGAUUCAAA